UUAUAAUGUGCUGGUUGUUAUAAGUGCUCCCGUUCUGACGUUUCAAAAUGAUUUUUAAAAUUAUCAUAAUCUCACUGAUCUUCAAUGAGAUAGCCUCGCUCUACAUCCCGGGCACUGCAACCGCAGUGGCAAAUCUGAACAAAGCUCGUCUAAACUACGCCAUACAAGCCCGCAAAGCUACAGCCCAAUUCGGUCCGAAGUACUUUCGGCCCAACUUUCAAACCUUUCAAUCCUAUGGGCCUCAUUUUCCUAAAGCCAGGGCCAUUGAACCACAUGAAAUACAACAGUUUCCUUUCCAAAAUGGGGACCCCAACAAUUUCGAAAUUCCCGAACAACUUCGGGAGUUCGAUGCCGUUCCCGACGUCAGGUUUUUGAACACUGCCGAAGUUUUACAAGAUCUUCCGGUGAUAAAUGCAGAGAAUAACUUUGUUGAGGAAGAAGAUUUCGUACCACCUGAGCAGCCCAAUAAUUUAUUUGCUCCACAAGAAUUCACACAAGUAAACAAUCAGGAAACUGUCCUGCAACAAAUGCCGGACGAGCAACUACAAAAUGAGCAUGAUAUCCGUACACAAGAAUUUCUUAAUAACUUAUGGUCCUCAAAUAACCUUCCACAACCGGACUCUUUCAUAAGACAUAUAAAUACACAAAAACCAACUGUAGUUGUCCAACCUGAAAACUUUGAAGAAAGGGCAGCUGAUCCUCAUUUUGGACACAAACAUAUUGAGCACAAAAAAGUAUUUAGUAAUCCCCAUGGUGGUUACCAUGCCCAUGAACUAACAAUUGACAAAGGACACGGGCUUGAUCAUGCCGGAUAUAACCAUCAUGGAGGUUUCGUCGAAAAUUAUGGGGGAAGUUUUCAUCAAGGACAAGGAGGAAUCAUCAAACAUGGGACAUUCGUAAACUCAGGAAGUUACGCUCAGGGUGGACAGUUGAUUCAUGGAGGUGGAAUUAGUCCUGCAUUAAGUCAUGGAGGAGCAGUUAUUCAAGGAGGAGGAACUACUUAUGGGGGUGGUUUUGGACAUGGAGGAAAUUCAAAUUUCGGACAGCAUACAACAAAUAUACAAAUUUCCCAAGUAAACGGACAUAACAACGGUGUUCACCAAGAUCAGUUAUUUGUUGGUGCUCCACAACCUGAAGAAGAAUCGUUUUUGCAUAACGAGAAUAUGGAAGAACCUUCCCUAACAUCUGAGUUAACCGAUGACACAAUUGUAAAUUCACCCAAUCCCAAUUUCAAUGUAAUGACUCUACAAGCUGAGGAUGAAACUCUUGAACAUUCUCCUUUAGUGUCAGCAGGUACUUUGUUUCCAACAACCCCUUUAAUUCCAACGACUCCUCUGAUUCCAACAGUUCCUCUAAACCCAACAACUCCUUUAAUACCAGCAACUCCUUUAAUUCCAACCGCUCCUUUAAUACCGAAAACUCAUUUACUUCCACCAACUGUGCCAGGCUUGAGUUUCCUUCCAACGGACGCAGGUGUAUUUGAAAAACAACGUGAAUCAUUUUCAAAUUUGUUUGACCACGGCAGACAAGACACCACUAACCUAUUUCAAAAAAUAACUCAGGAUCAACAAAAAUUAGCUGAUCAAAACCAGAAAUGGAUUGAACAAGCACAUCAAAGAAGUGUCGCCUUUAGGAAACAAGUGGAUACUGACAAUAAUGAAGUUCCAAUUUUUAAAAACAAUCUAAACCAGAUCAUUGAUUUGAAUCACUUUGGUGAACAUCCACAAAACAAAAGAGAGUCAGUUGAUAAAGAAACUAUAAACGGACAAAUUCCUGUGAAGAUACUUCAUGAACCUUUGAGCAUUGGUAAGGAACAACAUGUACCAAACGAUGAUCCGAAUGUAGUUGGAGCUCCAUAUUUAUUUGAAAUAUUGCAAAUGGAUAAACAAAGAGAAGCAAUGAGGAUCAAUGAAAAUAGCGAAAAUGAAUAUAAUAGAAAAAAGAGAGACGUAAAAAGCAUAAUUAACAUUCAAAUGGAUGAUAUUAAAAAAGCUAUGAAAAAUGUACAAGCAUUAGACAGUGAAUCAGAAAUAGCACUAGAACUGCAAAAAUUAAAAGAAAUCAGGGAACACGAAAUUGAAGAUGGAGGACUAAAUGUUAACAACAAUACUCAGGCCGCUAGAGUACCAACAUCAGAAGAUAAUUUCGAACAAGAAAGUUCAGAAGAAUCAAAUAAAGAUGAAAAUUCACAAUUUGAAGUAGAGCCUGAAGUUGUAAGACUUCAUCCAGAUGACUUCAAAAGUAAUAGUUUUAAACAAAGUGAAGAGGAUGCUGCGUUGGGUUUGAUGAACAGUGGUUUUAUGGAUCAAAACAUGAAUGGUGCUAGAUUUAAAAGAAAUAUCGAUGAUGAGGAAGAAAACAAUGACAAUUUAUUAAAUGACAAAAAUGAUUUCCAUAAUAGACAAGAAGAAAUAACAAAACAGGCAGAUGAAUUGUUGGGUAAAAUACUUGAAAAUGAUCAAAAAUUUAAAGAAACUAACUUGGAUAAAGCAAGAGAGGCAACAGAUGAAAAUUUGGGAAAACUAUUAAAUAGUCAAAUAGAGUUUACUAACAAUAAGGAUUUAUCCGAAGAAAAAAUCAACGAGUUGAUGGCAAAACAAGAAAAAAUAAUGAAAACUUUACGAUUGAAUGAAAACGAUGGCGACUUAAUGAUGAUUGGAGACAUCGGUGGGAAUAUUUUAGAAGAUCUAACGGAGAGCAAAUCAAAUACUAAAGCAAGAAUGAGUGAUCAAUCGCACAAGAGACGAAAGAGGGACACUCUCCCAUUAACAAAACUAAUAAGCCCUGAUACUAAAUUGGACCUUCCCAAGUCAUUCGAUAAUUUUGGAAACGUGGCCAAAACCAUAUUUGAAGAUGAAAAAGCUCCGAUGUUCCAUGUCAGAAACUUAGUAGGAUCUACACAGGAUACAAUUAUGUCAGCCAUGAGAGUACCUCCUAAAAACAUUCUUGUGCCAACUAAGUUGUCUAUAAUGAAAGAUGAAGAGAUUCAGAUGAAUAAUCCUCAAGGAAAUCAAAAUAACGUAGGAGCUAUUAAUCCUAAUAUUAUGACACGCAUGGGAGGAACUGAUAAAAGUAUUGAUAAUAAAGAAGAUGGAAGAAGUGCUGAAGUUGAAGAUGAUAUAGGAGAUAAUAAUAAUAGUGAAAAUGACUUUGGCAUAAUGUCCACAUUUGAGAAAAUGGGAAAGGCAAUUAAACACGGUAUUACAACAGGAAGAGAAACUUUAGAACAUGUGAAUAAUAUUGCGAAUAAUGCAAAAAAUGCUGUUAACAGUUUGCAAAAUACUACACCGAAACUGGUUACUCCUUUGAGUCAAACAGAAAGUGGUGGCAAAACUAUGUUAAUAACUCCCAGAAUUUUGGAUGUAGAAAAUGAAGAAGUAGGCUUGCCACAAGAACCACCUAGAGAGUUAUUAAAAUUUGGAGACGUAAUGGACGCAGUUGGUAUAUCAAAUCCAAACGGAGAUAAAUUGGAAAUGGAGAAGAUAGUAUUUGCACCCACUGGUCCAGUAAUAAUUAGAGAUAACGUACCAAAACAAUAUAAAGUAAAAUCUCCUAGAUUAGAAAAAAUGUUGAAGAAACAGGAUAAAGACCUAACAAAAAUGGAGAAUGCGAUUAACAAUUUGGAGCAAGCAAGACAAAUAGUAGGAGCUCCGAAUUUGAGAAAUUAUGUUUUACAAAUGAAACAACACAUUGAUUUGAUUAAAAGAAUAAGUGCCAAAGAAAAAAUUAGGAACAAAAAAAGGAAAGGAUCAUAUGUUAAAAGAAAAGCGUCUGCAAAACCCACAAGUGAAGCACCACAAACACCACCCGAAAUAAAUCAGCGAGGUGGAAACGUCCCCAGUAAGGAAGAUAUUAAAGUUGGAUUGGAUUUGCCUCCAGAAUUGUUAAAUCCGUUUAUGGGCAGAGCGACUGAAUCUGAAUUAACAAAAUAUUUUGGACAUAAUUUGAGACCAGAACAGAAAGCAGCUGUUUCAGAAGCGACAGAUGGUUUAAUGUUUGAAAAAAUCUUCAACAAUACUAAAAGGUUGCAUCCACGAUCAGUUAUGUUCCCAUUUGAUGAGAUGUUAGCUAAUGAUUAUCAUAAUCUUGGCACAUACAUGUCGAUUCAAGGACCUAUUUUGCAUCCAUUUAUGAACAGACCAACCCAAGAAUAUUCAAAUACCUUCUUUAAUGAUUAUAACAACAACAUGGAUGGUGCUUAUGACCCGAUGGGACAACAUAGUUUAAAUAACAUGGGGUAUAAUUCUGAACAUAAUGACUUGAAUAACUUUGGAUACAAUCUUCUGCACCAUAAUACAAAUGACCCGAUGGGACUACAUAAUUUAAAUAACAUGGGGUAUAAUUCUGAACAUCAUGACUUGAAUAACUUUGGAUACGAUCUUCUACAUCAUAAUGCAAAUAAUGUAGAAUAUAAUUCAGAAGACGAUGGUGAUUUAGAAGGAUAUGGAAUAAGUACAUUUUAAUAUCGUUAAUAAUAUUUUUAUAAUUUUCCUAUGUUCGUUUUGUAAGUUGUUCAACAAUACAAAGUCUUAAAACAUUA